UGUUUCCCUCUCGGUACAUAAACCCCCGCGUCUCAGAGGUCCAGUAUCUUCCCUGCUCACAGCUUAGAGAGAUCACCUACACCACAAGUUUCACCAUGUUGCGCCUUGUCCUCCUUGCCCUUGUCAGCAGUGCCUUUGCUGUCUACGACGAGCAUCAUUUGGCUCCCAAAUUCAAUGACUUCUGCAAGAAGUGCAUCGAAGAGAGAAAUGGCGUCGGUUACUACGAGAACCCAGAAGACUGCAGAACUUAUCUCCAGUGCGACUUAGACGAGAACCUGAACGUUAAGGUUCACUUGAAGGAAUGUGCCGAAGGUACCCUCUUCGACGGCAGCAUCGUGACUUGUGUCCCCUGUGAGGUCGCCACCUGCCCAGGCAGCAAGGUCCCAUACCCACAGUGCCCACCAAGAACUCCACCACCAACCACCACCAUCGGUUACACCACCCUUCCCCAGUUUGACGGCAAAUGUGACGGCCCUGACGGAUGGACCUACUUGGCCGUCUGGGGUGAUGCCAACACCUUCUACAGAUCCCAGACCCUCGGUGACGACACCAGAAUCGAGCGUGUCAGCUGCGGACAGUGGGAGUUCAACGUUCACAGAUGCAUGUGCAUGGUUCCAGAUCUCCAGGCUAUCGCCCUUUGGCCAUUCGAUGAGGAUACCGAUACCAAGGUCGACAACUUCUGGACUGACUGCGCUGGUGUAGAACUUGCCCCAGGAAAGGUCGGAUAUGCUGCUCACUUCAACGGCACCGUCCACUGCGAGGUCCCACGUUUCAACAACUACCCAUGGGGCUCUGCCCUCACCAUCUCUUUCUGGUACGACAACGCCGCUCAUGCUAAGAACGAGCGUGAGGGUCUUCUCAGCAACGGCAACUGCGCCAUCGAGCCAACCAUCACCAUGUACUCUGACCGCGGCCAUAUUGGCGGCCGUGUCCUGAUCGACAACAACGGCACCCUGGUGACUGUUGAUCUUGGCUCCUACGGUGGAAACGGCUGGAACCACGUGGCCCUGGUCUACGAUGGUCUCAGACUGAAACUGUACGUCAACGGACAUCUGUCUGUGGAUGAGAUCGCUGUUGGUUCUAUCCCAGCUACCCUUGCUCCACUGUACAUGGGCAGAGACUUGGACUGUGAGGCCAAUGGCGGUUUCCGCAACACCAACCUGGUCGGCUUCCUCGAUGAGGUCCAGAUCUACGACUGGGCUCUCAAUGAGGCCAUGAUCUCCAGACUCUUCUCCGGUGACAGAAACAUCAAAAUGGCCAGAACCGACUAAAUCCACAGCAUCAAAUUCCCUAUCCACGCUUCUGUGUCAGAGCAUGUUAAGUUAACAUUGAUGAACUGUUUUGAAAUACGAUGUCUUCGUGGCUGUUCAUUCUUAAUAAGAUCAGAAAGGCCACGUAGCCUCCUAUGACUCUUUGUUUGAUGAUGUGUUAACUGCGGCGAACAGAGCAAGAGAUGUUGUUGCAAAGAUAGUUGUUUCUAGGAACGCCCUAACUAUCCCCAUAUUGGGUCAGAGGAUUUACUGCGUUUCUGCUUGCACCUAGAGUCCCGCGCUAUUUUAUGGUAGUGCCGCAGUAUCCUUUUAAGCAGCAUAUUUAAAAUCUCAGGUGUUUUUUUCCAUUUCACUUGGUCUUUUCCCUCUUGUUAUAAGUUUCAGUUCUUUGUUUACCUUUUUUGGUUAAUUUUCCAGUUUCUGCCCCUUUUUGCUGUCCAGUUUUCAAUUUCAAACAAUUUGUACUUGUAUUUUUUAAAUAAUGAAAUAAAAGUAUGAACAAAUGAAUUUAA